AUGGCAACUGAAUUGAUACGAAGUAAUGAUGAAAACCAAUUGAGACGACUUCAGCUCUUGGAGAGGAAGCAAAGAGUAAAAGUGUUGCCACAAAUCACAGAUUCUUCCGGAUCUGAUACGACAGACAACUCGGUGUCCGCCGAAGACACCAAUGAAUUGGAUGUUAUGUUUGAUUUGAUUCAAAACACACCCGAAAUCAAUGACAAAGACCUCAACAAACAAAUCGCCGAAAUUGAAAGUAUAUUAACGACAAACAGUGCACUGAUUGACAAGUAUUGCCACAAAAUGCAAACACUAACAGUCGUUCCCAUAUUUAAAUCACUCACCGAUUAUAACGGCUUAAACCAAUUGGAAACCAUUCGGGUAUCGGAGCUAUUGAUGGCGUGUAAAGUAUUGGAUUAUCCGAUGCCUACGAAUGCCAUUAAAGUGAGUGAUAAGGAAGAGAUAAUCAGACUAUCAAACCGUAAGUCCGAGUCUAUGGUCGCGGAUGUGAUUACUUUCGCCAAACGGUUAACCCGUUUCUCAGACCUGUGUUUUGCCGAUCAGUUGGCGCUCAUUAAGUACGGGUCACUUGAGUUGCUAAUCAUGUGCUAUACAAAGUUCUAUAACAUUGAACAUGAUCAAUUUGUGGUCUAUUUGGACGAAACAAAUUCACUCAUGGUAAUUAUUCUAUUCAAUCCCAACCGACCCAAUUUAAUUCAUAAAGAUUGUGUGCAACUCGAACAACAACUUCUAAAGAUGGAAUUACGCAACCGUUCGUUUCCGGUUCCGAUAGCGAACCGUUUUCUUUGUUUACACGCUCUACCACUUGAGUGCGCCACCGCGCGCUCUACCGCUACACUCUAUAUACCGAUUGCUACCGAUUAUUACCGCAACCAGUGUUGGAAAGAAAUUUCCAGCAUAACAUGGUGGAGACGCUUUAACGCCAUUAGUCAGUGUACGAAAAGCGUUGAUCCCAAGUAUUACAAGAUUUAUUACACCACUGUUAUCACCACCGAUAACAUGGCGGAAGCGCAUUGA